GGGCAGCAAUGCGCUGCGAUGUUCUUUUUCGCGCUUUUCCUUUUUGCCUGCGUGGCUGUGUUUGGCGCAGCUAUUUCGGCUACCCAGGGAGGCGUCCUCCUAGCGGGGUGGGUGGUGUGGUCGGUAGUAUCGUCAUGCUUCGGCGGGGUAUUUAUACACUCUCUCGCGUCAGUCUUUUGCCCGAGUGGAGCGGUUUCCUCGCUGUAUCGGUGGGGGCCGCGCUUUUUUCCUUGGGCGGCCGCGAUUGGCCAAAUGAAUUCGGGUGGGGCUCUGGGUUCCGACCUCCAAGCGCGGGCGCUUGUUCUUUGGGCCCCACCACCCUCCCCCGGCGCCCUCCCUCGGCUUCAGUGUAUCGCCAAACAGAAUGGGAAGCCGGCCAAGGGGUUUGACCAUGACCCUGCACCGCUCAAACAGAAUGGAAGGAAAGGCCCGGAGGUUGGCCAUUCACCAAAAGGCAAAGGGCGGGAGUUUGGCCAUUCACUAGGAGGGGAACGUCGGGAGUUUGACCAUUCACCAGAAGGGCAGGCUCGGGAGUUUGCCCACUCACCCACAAGAAUACCAAAGCCAAUACGUCCAAUUGAGACAUAGCGCUUGCAGCUUAUGGCUUUCCACCUUUUCGCUUGGAUGUCUGUGAAAUAAAGCCAGCAAGAAUGAUAAACGACAGCGCACUAACGUUGUUGCACUAGUAAACGGGCGUUAUUUUGUAUCUUUGUGAGGUUCUUGCGUACUAUGGAGGGUGGCGUGCGUUGCUUCUGAGUCAUUUCUUUGCUGCUUCGAGCAGUUAGGCCCUCCCUAGAAGAAGUGUUGAUUUCUUGUUGUGUUUUCGUUGUAUUGAAAGUAAAACAGCUCUUUAGAAAGAAUUUAGGUCCUCGAAAAAGGGUCGAAAAGUCAAUGCAAGAAUCAAACUGAUACACACUCAUAGAACAUAAAAAAAGUUUUGCUACGUCAACACCAGUUUUCCAGAAAUUUUGAUUUUGUGAAUUGAGUACGGUCAGUACGUCUGAGAAAUUUGUUUAUUCUUGUAUCAAUGGCCCGAAAAGAAAACUAGGCUAAAAUGUUUGCGAAAUUCAGAUCCGGUCGUUUGCUGUAAUAAAUUUCUAUCAUCAAGGUGCUGCUAAUAUGGUGUUUUUUUUAUUGAAAUAGGCCUACUUCUUAGGUGACCACGAGUAACAGUAAGUGCAAGCUAGUGGAAGUAGUUCAUCUAGUUGGCAAAAAACCAAAAAUUCUGACUGGUGGUAGCUCGUCCUCGUCCAGGAAAAACAAAGGAACAACCACGAGAUCCGCGUUCACUACCGCUGCGUAAAAAUGAGGAAGAAAAUAUGCGCGUCGUCAAAAUGCGACUGCGUAUGUUCUUCCGAUGAAGCGCUGCUGGAUUUUCCCAUCGUUCCAGUUGGCGUGCUGUCGAAGGCAACGAACAGUUUUCAAUGUUUUGCGGUCUUUUGGCCCCCCGAGAUCAAUUAAACUGUUGCAUUCAAAUAACCUCCUCUUCCUGCAAUCAAAUAAACCGAUCUAGGCAUGGACUUCAUGAUGUAGUUGUUGAUCCAUCUUCAAAAACCAGAAGCAAGG